AUGGCGGGCACCGUCGCCGCAUCGCGCCAGAGCCUCUCGCGGCGUCUGGGGUCAAUGGCUGUCAUGGGCACGGUGGGCAUCUUGUCCCGCGCAUUCCUGUACGCCUUGAACCGCGUCGAGGUUGUUGGGCUACACAACCUGCUCGAAACACUGGACCGCCGGCGCGCUGAUCGGUCGCGUGGUUUGCUGACCGUUUGCAAUCAUGUGGCAGUACUCGACGAUCCUCUUAUUUGGGGUAUCCUGCCUUUGCGCUACACCCUCGACCCCGAACUCCUCCGCUGGGGUCUAGGAGCUCAUGAUAUCUGUUUCCGGAGCAAGGCUUCCUCCACCUUCUUCAGCUUAGGCCAGGUUCUGCCCACGCGUCGGCUGUGGCACUCGUCCUUUGGUGGCCUCUACCAGCCUACAAUGACCCAGGCCAUCGGUCUUCUCUCGUGCCCCAGCCCAGCAGGAGUUGCUGCAGCAGAAUCGUGCUUCUCCACGGACGGGAAGGACUCGUUCUCGGCUCCCGCUGCUGAUCCAGCUCACAGGGGCGCAUGGGUUCACGUAUUUCCGGAGGCCUGCUGUCAUCAGAGCCCUGCGAGUACCCUUCGAUACUUCAAGUGGGGAGUGUCACGGCUCAUUCUUGAAAGUGAACCUGCCCCGGAAUUCAUGCCCAUGUUCAUUCAUGGCACACAGCAUGUCAUGCCCGAGGAACGCGGCUUCCCAAAGUUUCUACCACGUAUCGGCAACAGAAUCCGAAUCGUGAUUGGCGAACCAACCAAUGUCGAUGAUGUGUUCGGUCAGGAGCGAGCCUUAUGGAGAAGGCUGGUUGCCCGAGGCGAACCAGACUUGCUGACCCGGGGGCAAGAUGCCAUCCAGCUGAGGAUUCGAGUCGCCAGGCUGGUGCGAGACGAGGUCGGGAAACUACGCGAGAGCAUCGGCCUCCCCCCUGAGGAGGACCAAACCGCAGCGUUGGCGGAGACCUGGUCAAAGGAACCGAACAAGCGCAAGUUCAAAAGUCCCGUAGAUGGCAGCCUUGUGAACAGAGUGUAG